AUGUGGAUUAAUGACGAUCUUCAUUCUGACCGUUCGUUUUCUCUCGUCGGCUCAUCACUAAAACCUCUCAAUGACGACGAUCCCAUCCAUUGUUUGUCACAAGAUGACAUAGUCAACUGUACCAUACGACAAGUGACUGUAGAUCACCGCUACCGGUUCAGGAUCCUUUCUGUGAACGAAAUUGGAAAUUCUACUAGUCAAUCUCAAUAUUGCGGUCAUUUAUCAUCAAAUUCUAACAAAGAAGCAUUUACAUCCUGGGUAGUUCCCAUUUCUGUUGUUUCCGCGCUUCUUAUCGUUUCUACAACUUUAGUUUCCUUGUAUUACAUUUAUCGUUGGAGACCAAAGAAAGUGCUAGAAAGAGAAUUGGACGACGACGAUUUGCGGCGUGUCGAACUCCAACGCGACAAUCUAGACUUACCAGAAGACACCGAGAAGCUUGGAUCAGGGGCAUUCGGCUGCGUGAUGAUGGGAUGGAUAUGCUCACACGAUGAAAAUAUACGAGUGGCUGUCAAACAACUACAAACAAACACUAGUUAUGAAUUGAAAAGUGACUUCAUUAGAGAAGCAAAGAUUUCGUUGCGUGUCGAUCACGUGAACGUCGUACGCUUGCUGCACGUCUGCUCUCAAGACGAACCUUAUCUUAUGAUUAUGGAAUACGUCAAUAGGGGAAAUCUAAACCGACUACUCAAAAUAUUGAAACCAAAAACAGCAGAGAGUUUAUCAUCAACGUUUUCUGCUCUUAAAUGCGACCUUCUCCAUCAGAUUGCAUGCGGUCUUCAAGCGGUCAGCAAACAGAAUAUCAUUCAUCGCGAUAUCGCAGCCAGAAACUGCUUGAUUCACGAAGACGGUGAAAGACUGCUUGUCAAAGUAAGCGAUUUCGGAAUGGCUGUCGUCAUCGACAAAGAAUUCGGAGAAAUUCGAAUGAAAAAGGGACAAGGAAACGUACCGUUUCGCUGGAUGAGUCCGGAGGCUUCGUACGAAAGGCGAUACAGCGAGAAAAGCGACGUGUGGUCGUUUGGUGUUCUCUGCUGGGAAGUUUAUAGUUUUGGUCUGACGCCAUACCCUUGGCUGUCAAACACUGACCUAUUUCGCUAUAUUUCUAAUCGCCUCCCUCUACCUCCUCUACCAUUUCUCAUCACUACCGAGGUAGGAAAUUCUCUUCUCAUUCCAAUGCAAGAGCAAGAGUUGCCGUUCGAUUGCUGGAAGAUUGACGUCGAUCAACGUCCUUGUUUUGACGACGUCGUCAAUACGUUGGAUCGUACAUUGAGUGCUUACGGAAAUGCGCUGGAUGACGACUUGGCUACUGUUAAAGAACUGAUGUUAACUGGUGUCGUAGGAGAUAAUGAGGUCGAGGAUACGGCACUGUAA